AUGUGAAGGCAGCACAGCAUUGCUUUACUUUACUGAGCUGAAGAGUUAGCUACUGCAGUAAAAGUUACGUUUGGGCUUUAAAACGUGGUUUUUAAUGUUUGUGCUUCCUCUCAUUCACUCGGUUGGACCACAGAGACGCAACACAAAGGUUUAGUGUCACUUUCUUCAGCUCUUUUGUCAAUGUAACAAGAAACAAACCAGCUGAAAUCUGGAAGAGCCAAUGGAGCUCAGAUUGUAUGGAUGCAGAUGAGGCACGAUGCUAACAGGCUAACUAGCUACUAAGGAUAUGGUGAGCAUCAUCAUUAUCUUUCACCGUCACUGAAUAACAGCUACAAGAAGUCGAACUACUGAUAAUGGAGGGCAACGGAGAGAUCAGUGACACUGACAGUGGCAUCAUCCUUCAUUCAGGCUCUGACAGCCCAACGACGCAUACGAAGGAUGUGACCACGCACACGCGAGCCAUGAAGCUCAAACACCAGGCUCUCCAAGACCGACUGGAGAUCUGCAUACUUGAGCUGAAGAAACUCUGCAUCCGUGAAGCUGAGCUGACAGGACGGCUGUCAGAUGAUUACCCUCUACUGCCCGGAGAGAAGCCUCCACAGAUUCGCAGACGUAUUGGAGCUGCUUUUAAACUGGAUGCACAAAGCAUCCCUCAGGGAGCAGAGGAAUCACAACUGAAUUUAGUAGAUGCUGAGUUGGCCCUCCAGAUGAAAAUAUACGAGGCAGCGCGCAAGCUCUGUGAGGAGGAUCACCUGAGUAAGGCAGUUAAAAAGAGUCGUAUACAGCAGUGCAAGAGAGAGGAGAAGAAACUCAAACAGCUACAAGAGACGGCCUUUCAGCUGCGGCUAGAGCACGGCCGGUCAUCACCACUCCCUGCUUUUAAUAUUACACAACAAGAUCUUGGUACAUCCGAUGACAGCUCCCUGUCUGAUUCUGUAGUGCAAGAUGAAGAAGUGACAAGCCAGUCAUCACAGCCGUCCUCAGGACUCCCCUAUCCAGUAGAGACAGAUCCUCCCCAGCCUCCCCCUCUGUCGUCUCACUCCUCCGUAGACGGCUCCUACAUGUCUCCAUCUGUGGCUCCACAGCUGCCCCUGCCGCUGACACCGAGCCAGUCUCCCUGCCCGAGCCUCGACCCUUCGCUGACUUCAAGCCCGGCAUACGACGCUCCUCCCAUCCAACACUCCCCGUGGACGGAGUCUAGUCUGGACCAACCUUACCAGAAGAGCAAGAAGUCGCGGUCUUCCGUCAAGACAAGCAGUCCGGCCAAAACUGAACUGUUGCCACCGUUGGAGGCUUGCUUGGCACAAGCUGCUCUGCCACUGCAGCUUUCCCAUCUGAAGCUGAGUCGCUCCCAGUCCAACAGCACACCCUCCACACCAGAGAUGCGUGUGCACAGACAGCUCUCCCUCAGGUUGUCCAACCCUGAAUCUUCAUAUGCUAAGGACCGUGGCCGCACCAGAUCUGCAAGGAGGCGACUGACAGAAUACACAGUAACUUUACCAGAGACCCUUCCCGCUACAGUUAACUUUGGAGGUCAUGCUAGCUCUGAGGAUAGCAACUCUGAACACUCGUUUCAGUCUUACAAUAGCUCCCCGUGUCAGGAGUUGCCCUGUGAUCUGCCCAAACAAUAUCAGUCUGCAUUCCCAAACUCUAGCCCAGUUGGCAGCUAUGCACCUCAAGCCAUCCCACGCACUGGCUUCUACCACAAUUCCAGGCACCAGUCCAGUCCCACUAUUCACAAAGCCUAUUACAAUGAAAUGGUCUACUCACCUGAUAUGGACGUAGCACGGAGCUAUUACGCCCAGCAGGCUCCCUGUCUUUCCAACAGAUAUGACUGUUGGUAUAAGGACCCUGCUUUGCCCCAGCAGAGAGCACAGAGGCCUUUACCUCCUGAUAUCAGACUCUCCCCCUCCCCAAAUCCUUGGGACCACCCACACUACAGCCCCAGUGGCAUCCCACGACAAGUGGUAAAUGAGCAGCUGAAGUCGUGGCAUCGGCGCAGUCAGCUGAAAUCUCCCAGGUCUCGAUCUCUUGACCGUCAGGGAGCGGUCAGAGUGAAAAACCUGUCAUUUCGGGAGUCGCCCUGCUACCAAAAUCAAAAGUACCAUGAACAGGUUCUCCAAAGAAGGGGUCUCCAAAGAGCUGCAGAUGAUACUCAGGGGCCCUGGGUUGUAGAUGAUGGUUCCCACUACAUGAGUCAAGUGUGAAGAGAUGAAACUCGGACACCAGGCUGAACAUGUUCACUCAAAGGCUGCAGCUGGAUUGGUUCCCAAUAAACCAAAGCAAAGUAGUCAGAAAAUCAAGUUGAAUUAACUGUUGCCCAUAAAGAAUUACUUUUUUCAUGGAAGCUCAUGUCAUCCUGCCAGCUUGUAUUUGGGCAUACAGGGGGAAGAUGAAAUUUAAUCCAGUACAGAACAACACAAACUACAAGAUCCAGAGUUACUAUUAGGUGGAACCAACACCUCUGAGGAGUACAACUGUGUAGUGUACCUGUUGUUUUCCUCCACUUUCUGUUUGUUGCUCUGUAGUAACAGUUACAUAUGCUUUUAAUUACAGAGUGCUGCUUUAACCUGAGACUGUUAUGUGCAAGUGAGUUGUCUAAGUCUGACUCAAUACUGGUUAUUAAUUUUCUCAACUGAUAUACAAAUCCCAGAGUUUCUGUCCUAUGAAAUACAGGGUUUUGUUCAUAUGUGAAACAAUCAUUAAUGAAAUGAUAAUUGGCCGCAAACUGUAUAGCAGGAGCUCUUACAUGGAAUUAGCCACUAAAUUUGCUCAUUGUUGUAAGAUUAUGAGAAAUGUGAAUGUUUAAAAAUAACUUACUGACGUUAAUUUCAGAUGGAUUAUGAUUUCUUUCAGACAAGUCAAAUGUAAAGAGGUCAGGUAAACUGCAUUAUGUACUUAACUUCAUCAUAUCACAUCAUGCUGUAUUAGAUGUGGCUAUCUGCAGCCAAAACACACUGCCAUAUAAUGCUUAAUGUAGGUAAAUCAAAAAUGAGAAGUUCACUUUUUGCAGUUAAUAACUUUGGCUCCUUUUCAGCUAGUCUUAUGAAGGAAAUAAGUCAAUUGUAAAGUAAUGUAAAUGAGCAACAUAUCCCUUUUUAAGUACAUUUUGUGUGUAAGUUUACCUUGACUGAGUGACCAUAUUAAUGAACUUGAGCUGCUUGAAUUUAAGUCCUAGGUUUGUCCUCUUCGUCGUGUACAUCAAAUUUGUCUUGUUUUUAUACUUACACAAGUCUGUGGCUGUGCCAGUUAACUUGAAUUUCUAACUGAUUUAAUCAACUAGUUGAAACUAAAUAUUAACUUACUCACAUGGGAUACAAAGUAGCAAAAUAAGACAAAAGCAGUGUCUUGAUGGCAGCUAUUAAUGUGUCACACAUAAAUUUAAAUAUCCUAAGCUUUAACUGUAUCUUUUUGAGUGUCUCUUAAAGUGAUUGAGAGAGCAAAUCACUAAACUCUAACCUUUAUGUUGGCACCAAAUUUAACUCAAUGGUGAAUGGUUUUCAAAACACUGCCGAAAUGUGAUACACAAGCAAAAGCCUUCAUCUCUCAGCCAAACAAGAUUUUAUUGUAGAUCAUUUGAGAAUUAGAGUUAAUCACUACAAAUUCAGCAAACAGCUACACACUGACUGUCUCACACAGUGAUCUAUUUAAGUGUUAAUUUAUUGUGAUUUGCACCAUUGGACCCAUGGAAAGUCAGACUUGAAAUAAAAGAAGACAUGGACCUGAGUUUGCAAAAUCCAACAGCAGUAAAGACUGUGUCUAGUUAGAUAUACUGUAUAUAAAAAAAAAUAACAGACCACAAUCAUGUUACCUUGUGUGCCGUGUGCCUCUUCUUCUUCUUCUUUUUUUUUUACUGUCUUCUAUUUAUCAGUUACAAUAGUUUAAAUGAACUUAAUAAUGUGUUACAUUUUUGUUUUUUUAAGAAAAUCUGUGAAAAUGUUUUUCCUGUGGAAGUAAAUAAAGAAUAAUGUUACA